AGUUCCCGGCUGUUUCCAACAAAUACUGUCCGCUUUUUCCGUAUUGCUUGCGGGGCUCGGCUCUGUUUUUUGAAAUUUUUCCGGUCUGAAAAACUCACAUCACAGCGACACGCUUGAUCUCACGGCGACACUAAUGUGAGUGUAAACGACACCCCAUAAGGAGAUUUUGGCGUACUACCCUGUGCCUGAUUUCACAAACAUGCCCUUGAUUUCUACCAACUCCUCUAUCACACCAUGACACUAACGUAGAACUAUUUUUGUCCACCAUCACAAACUCGACUAUGUUUCGCAAGCGCGGCAAGAACAAGGGCAAGGUCGCGGCGAAAGCGACCCCCGCGCCCGACGAGGAAUCGGACGAUGGUAAAUCCGAUGGGGAGGUACUCGCUCCGCCCACAAAAUCGAGCGCCUCGAAGCCGAAGUUUCUCGCUUCAACGGGAACUACGGCGACAUUAACAGGUGGGGAUACUAGAAGUACUGGUGCUUCCGCGACCGCAGGCGUCGCUAUGGACGUGGACUCGCUGGACUUUACGUUUGAUCUGAAAGCCAGUGCCUCCACUUCUGCGGUCGUGGCCAGCGGGGCUUCCAAAUCCUUUGAUGAAGAGGAAGACGCGGGCUUUCUUCACGAGGAUGACGACGACCUGGCGGCGCAACUCUGGCGCUCGACCGCCGGGCCGGCGACGGACGACGGCGAGCCGAUUUACGAAACCGCGCCCCCGGUCGCGCCGAAGAAACCGGCAAGAGCAGGCGGGAAAAGUCCUAGUGCGAAGACGCAAGCAAGCAGAGACCGACGUGAAGAAGUAGUAGACCGGGAUAAAGAUGCUGAAGGUCAUGAUGAUGAAGGGCAGCUGCACUCUACUACGACUGCUCGCAAGAAGGAGAAGAAGAAGAAAAAGAAGGGCUUGCAGUGGAAGAAAGCCGGAACCUCGAGCGACGAGUCGGAUUCCGCGGAGGGGCAGCUCGAUGCCGUGCCGGUGGUGGUCGGGGUAACCACGGAUGAGCGACAACAAGAUCUUCACUCCUCGAUUGGCGGUCGAACAGCCCCCGCAGCCCCCAGCAGCAAACGGCCGACCACUCUGCCACCCUCCACGGCGGCCCCCGGCGUCGACACGUCCCAGGAAGCCAUCGAGGAGGCGCGGGCGGCGCGGAGGGCGGCGGCGGCGAAAUACGCGGCCACGGAGAGCACGCGCCUGACCGGGUCGGACUUCCAGAGCUUCUACGGAGAGAACGACCCGGCCUUCUUCGGUGGGCUCGGCCAGCGCGACCCUUUCGCGGCGCAGGAGAAGCGCACUAGCAAUCUGCACGUCAGCGCCACCGACAGUUCCUCAUUUUUGACCGGCGAGCAGGCGGCCGAGGCGCUCGGGCUGCGCACGACGAACAAUCGAGGGCGGAAUCCUCCGGGGCGCGGCGGCCUAGGAGGCGCAAGUGCGUCGAAUGGAACAAACACGACUGGUGUCAAGAACUCGGGUGAUCCGGAGGAGGAGGUCGCGAGCGAGGAGCUGCAGGCGCCCAAUCUGGCGCGCCAGCGCAUGCGCCGGGUGCUGGCUCGGAGGCGGCAGGAAAAGGAAAAGCUUGGUAAGAAAAAGGACCUCGAGAAGCAGCAAGUCGAGACGACGACGCAGGAGCUGAAGAUCAUCGAGAACCGGCUGAAGUUGGUCCUGGCCAUCCAAUAUGAAUUGCAAAAGUAUCGUACUCGUAUAAAUGCAUUACAAAUUUCCUAAGCAUGACAAAUAAAAUUUGUCAUGCGGAUCUACUCUAAGAAAAAAAUUUGUAAUGCAUAACUGCAAUUACUACGAGUGCGAUACUUUUGCACAGGAUAUCCAAGUGGUCCUGCGGGAGUUCGAAAGGUUUUGCGCGAAACUGUCGAACACGAUCGAAGCAAAGCGGUUCGGUGUCGCGGAAGCGGAGGCCAUGCUGCUCAAGAUGGUAGAGGCGUACGCGCACGGCAGCAAGGAGCCGCGGGAGGAGGAGCAAGAUGAGGAAGAGGGGGACAAAAGCUUGGACGCUUUUGCCAAGUUGAACCUGUCGGGCGACCGAGCGGCUGCUUUAAAAAGUGGCGAUGAAAACAGAGGAGAAGGCGGGGCGGUCGACGGGAAACUUGUUGUCGAUUACUUCCGGAGCUCGACGAUGUUCACGGCGGCGUCGGACGGCGACGCUACGAGCGCGGCAACCGCUCGGGCCGUCGAGCAGUUUCAUGGCGAACUCUGCACGGAGUUUGCAAAAGACCAGAAGAAGUUCCACCGUGCGUGCGCGAGGCAAUUUGAGGCUUUUCUCUCCUCCUCCUCCAUUUCAUCUGGCGCCGACAGCGCUAGCGCCACCCCGACCGUGAUUUUCCAACAGUUUCACCUGAUGCGCGACACGUUGCAGACGCGCUCGCAAACCGGGCUGCCGCGAAAUCUGAUUCAAAAGCUGAUCAAUCCGGACCACCUCGAGAAGCACUUGCUCGAGGCGCUGGUCGUUGGCGUCAAAGCGGAGCUGCUGCAAGUAGUUGCAAAGAGCGCCGACACCACUUCGGGUCAUACUGAGGACAGUCAGAGCACGAGGAAAGAACCCGCUUCGGUUGUUUUUGACGACACAAAAUCAAUACCAAUAGCGCCGAUGGUGCUCCUGGACGAGCUUUCGUGGUACAGGGACGGGCUCCUGCCGUUCUUUUUCUCAUCCGGCGAAAACGCCGGCUCCCCCCAAACGCCGGAGCAACAGCAGCUCGCAGCGAAGCUUUUGUGGGGCGUGUUCGAGAAAACGGUGCUGCCCUGGUGCCAGCACUUAUUCCUCAAUUGCUACAACCCCUUUGUGCGAGAACUGCACGCCGGGCACCUCGGCAGCCGAGAGACCUUUUCGACGAACAAACUAUCCGCGCUCUUCCUCCCGGAAACAAAAUUAAUCAAGCACACUCUCCUCGAAGUGUUCAACAAAAUCCUAACCAGCGCCCCGGCGAUGCAACAGACCGUUUGGGGCAACUCGAUCGAGCCCCUCUUUGUGAAGUUUGUGCGCAACAGCGAGCUUCUGCUGCAGUCGGAAGAAGUAGUCGCACGGCAGCGGGCGUAUUACUUGGAAAGGGUAUCGACAUCGAGUGGAGCGCCGGGUGGUGUGCCAGCGCGGGACUUUCGGAUCGCGGAGGAAAAGGCGACAAGCUCUUCGCCGACGCACCCGUUUGCGCUUCUAGUACUCGGACUCCUCGUUGUCGCGAACGGUUGGUAUCGGUGUUUCCAGAUCGGAGAGGACAGUUACAAGGUGGUCGAGCUUGUUGCGCGUCUUUACGAGGUCGCUAAGACCACGAUUGAGACCGACAGAACAGGGGGCACAAAUCUCACUGCAGCUCUGGAGACGCUGCUUUUCGCUCGAGACCUGGUCGUCAACUGGUCCGACUACUUGCUCCACGAGCGACAGCAGCGAACAAGUAGAGGAUCUGCAGCUACAAGUGCGACGACAAAGACCCCGGUUCACUCGUUUCUCCGCGCUUUCGAGCCCCAGAUCGGGCCGCUGCUGGCGCAAGUUCCCACCUCCGCACAGGCCGCCGAUCUACGCGACGAAAUUCAGCGCGCCCUGGAACUGCAUAGAGGGUAA